CAACCUGCUGCAUGCCAAGGUAUUAUCUUAGCAGACGUCACCCGAGCUGCCAUAUCCAGAAAGGGAGGUUGUAGGUUGGUAGGUUAGGUUGUAGGUUGUAGGUUGGUAGGUUAGGUUUAGGUAAGGUUAGGUCAGGUUAGAUUAUGUUUUGUUAUAUAUUUAACCUUGAAAAGACCAUUGUGGCGCACGUGAGACAUAGAUAUGGCAGCUCGUGUGACGUUUGCUAAGAGAGUACCCAUGCCAAUGCAUCACAGUGCUAUGAAACACUAGAUAAAUGCACUGAGCUGAUCAUGCUUGCUGACCUUGAAAGCACGAGGAAGGAGUUGGAAAAAGAAGAGCUGAGUGCUCCAGAUGGAGUGGCACCCUCAGAAGUGUAUUCCAAACUGAUGGCCUGCUAUCUCCUAGAAAAUGACCUAUGCAGUGCCAAGUUUCUCUGGAAGCGGGCCCCGGCGUCAGCCAAAGAAACAGAUGGUCCCCUGGGCCGACUCUGGUCGGUUGGACAGAAACUCUGGACCAAAGACUUCCCCGCCACGUAUUCGGUAUUGCGAGGAGAAUGGCCAGACUAUCUGCAGAAAGCUGUCAGCGAGCUGGAAGGCGUGAUCCGCGAGCGGGUGCUGACGCUCGUCUCGCGAGCCUACACCUCCAUUACGCUGACUGACCUGGCGGCGUUCGCCGGCGUGUCCGCCGACCAGGUGGCGGCCGUGGCUCGCGAGCGCGGCUGGAGCGUAGACGGCGCGGUGGUCGGUCCGAAGCCGGCCCCGCCCGUCAUCCACGGCGCUACCAACUGUGAGAAGACGCUCGCUGUGCUCACGCAGUAUGUCUCCUUCUUGGAGAACUGAUGGGUCGCGGACAAAAAUGAACCUCGUGGUGUGUGUGAACGAGAGAGGAAAGGCCUGUGAAGUGGGAAAUGUGCGUUGAGCGUCGUGGAACACAAGGACACGUGAUAAUGUUGUGUUACAUAUUUCGAAUUGUCAUGUGAACGGCGUGUAAGUAUUUGGGAAUAUUUGGAAUGUUUGCACUCUCGACUUUUUUAUUCGUACUUGAGGUUCUCGCGUUGCUAUGUGUCACGUUGCGUGUUUUGUAUGAGUCGUAGACAGUGAUAGACAGCAGGCAUACGCAGCAGACAUCAGACAUGAGCACGUGGUAGACAAAACGAACCAUGAACGAGUACACUGCGGCGAUUUCAGUGACUGGUGUGGUAUAUGGCUCCAGACGAGCUCUUUUUUUUUGCAUCACUACGCAGGGAACUGUUCGAGACGCUAUAGGUAUUGGGUUUGUCGUUGAACAGCAGCUCUGAGACAUUUGUCGUUUAUGAUCGCACUGGUGUACCCUGCUCGCUUCCUAUCGGUUUGCUGCGUCGUAGAUCUGGAAUGUGAAUUUGCACCCAAGAACGUCAUUUGCGUGGAAUGUUUUUUUUUUCAUUUGUUUAAUCCGAUCUUGCUAAAACAUCGAGUACGAGCCGCACUAAAUGUGUUCCAUUAAUUGCUGCACACGUCAUUCUGUUCUCGAUUGCUCAGUUAUGUCGGAUUAUUAUUUUUUGUGGGGUGAACGAUCCCAGACAUGACGGUAAAUGGUCAACAAAUACAUAACAUGCUUCAGUGAA